ACGAUGACUUAAAUAGCAAUCCCUGUACAUCAAAGGAGACGUGUAGUGAAUGUAUAACAGCUAACCCACAGUGCGGGUGGUGUAUGAAGAGGGGUAACUUCAGUUACCACAGAUGCGAUUUUAUUCAUCGACUCUCAGAUCACGGAUGUUUCGAUCAAAUCUUUUAUCCGAGUCCUUCAUUUAGUCCAACUCGUAAUGACGAUCUGUCCAAUAGGACAUCUGAAGAUGUGGAUCCGAUACAAAUGAGGCCUCAAAGAGUGCACCUUAAGAUCCGUCCAAAUUUGCCGUAUAGCGUACACAUUCAGUUUAAACAAACAUUAGAUUAUCCGGUAGAUCUCUACUAUUUAAUGGAUUUGUCCAAAUCCAUGGAAGAUGAUAAAGAAAAAUUAGCACAACUGGGCAACCAAUUGGCAAUUAAUAUGAGGAAAAUUACUUCAAAUUUUAGAUUAGGUUUUGGAUCGUUUGUAGAUAAGGUUGUCAUGCCUUAUGUCAGCACUGUUAGGGAAAAAUUGGAUGAGCCGUGUUCUGGAUGUGCGGCUCCAUAUGGUUUUAGAAAUCACAUGAAAUUGGACACCGAUUCCAGUGAUUUUGUACAAAAAGUAGCUGAAACUCAAAUAUCUGGUAAUUUGGACGCACCUGAGGGGGGAUUUGAUGCUAUAAUGCAAGCAAUUGUCUGUAAAAACGAAAUCGGAUGGCGAGAAAAGUCCAGAAAAAUGUUAGUUUUCUCUACGGAUUCGGGCUUUCAUUAUGCUGGCGAUGGAAAGUUAGGCGGUAUUAUAAAGCCGAACGAUGGGGAGUGCCAUUUGGAUCGGUCCGGACUCUACACUGAAAGUACAACACAAGAUUAUCCAUCAAUCAGUCAAAUUAACCACAAAGUCAAAGAACAUCACGUGAACCUUAUAUUUGCCGUUACGGCUAAUCAAGUGGACAUUUACCGACAAUUAGCUGAAGGCGGCAAUCCAUUGAUUGAAGGCUCAACAGCCGGUCGACUGGAAAACGACUCAUCAAAUGUUGUGGAACUCAUUCAAGAAGAAUAUCUGAAAAUUACAUCUGCAGUGGAACUAAAAGACAACGCAACUGAUAACGUAAAGAUCACAUACUAUUCUUCGUGUUUGAAUCAGAAAAAAGAAGAGACAAAAAUCUGUAGAGGACUGAGAGUUGGGGACACCGUUACAUUUGAAGCCAAAAUUGAGGUCACCUCUUGUCCUCGCAAUCCAAAUGAAUGGAACCAAACAAUACAGAUAUAUCCGGUCGGUCUGAAUGACGCCCUUAUCAUUGAUUUGGAAAUGAUUUGUGAUUGCGAUUGUGAAAAGUCGUGGAAUGAACAGAUCAAUAGUCCCUAUUGUGAACACAGGGGUACACAUGAAUGUGGUAUCUGUUCGUGUUAUGGCAACUUCUAUGGCCGAAGAUGUGAAUGUGAUGCCAAAGACGCCAAUCCUGCCGAAGAGGAACAGUCUUGUAUUCGAGGAAAUGAUACAAAAGUGUGUUCAGGUAGAGGCGCCUGCAGGUGCGGUGAAUGCGAGUGCUAUAAACGCGAACAACCAGAAGAAGUGACCGGAAAAUUUUGCGAAUGCGAUAACUUUAGUUGCGAUCGAUAUGAUGGCAAAGUGUGCAGUGGACCCGAUCACGGAAAGUGCGAGUGCGGCACUUGUAUAUGCAAUGAUGACUGGACUGGAACUGACUGCAGUUGCAAAAAAUCUAAUGAAGACUGUAUUGAUCCGCGAACUAAUAAAGAGUGUAAUGGCAGAGGAAAAUGUGUUUGCGGUCAAUGUGUUUGUGAACCAAAAGAUGAUGAACAAUACACCGGUCAGUAUUGCGAAGAUUGUCCGACUUGUAAAUCAUUGUGUGAGGCAUACAAGGAAUGUGUUCAGUGCCGUAUCCAUCAAAGUGGACCGUUAGAUGAGGAGGCGUGCAAUCAGUGUAAUAUUAAUCCGAUCGGUACGUCCGAGUUUGAAGUGGGAGACGGAGAACAGUUGUGUGUCUUCAUUGAUGACGACGACUGCAAAUUCCAAUUCAAAUAUCGAUACGACGAUAAAGACGACAGUAUUUAUGUGAUCGCACAGAAUACUAAAGACUGUCCCGAACCGGUAGAUGUGUUGGCUAUUGUUAUCGGUGUUAUUGUCGGUAUUGUCCUCAUUGGUCUGGCAUUGCUUCUCAUAUGGAAACUGUUGACAACAAUUCACGAUAGGAGAGAAUUCGCCAAAUUUGAAAAGGAGAGGAUGAUGGCUAAGUGGGACACUGGCGAGAACCCAAUCUUCAAACAAGCGACCACUACCUUUAAAAACCCCACAUAUGGAGGCAAACAGUGAUAGUAAUUAAUCAAAUGUUAUUAGUUAUCGAUUAAUAAUUAAUAUAAAUAUAAUCUCAUUGGAAAUAAUAUCAUAAAACUUUAUUAUAUUUUGUGUUCCUCU